UUCAAGAUGGCGGCUUUGGCGAUGGCUUGUUCCAAAAUGUGCACUUUUAGUACAUUUGGGGCGAGAUCUUUUCUCCUAAGUACCAGGAUUAAUCAAGGAUUGAACACCCGGCUCCUGAGCUCAACACAGCAGAAUUCCAGGAAAGUGGACAAAUCAUUGCUUUCUAGAUUGAGAAAGGAAACUGGAUUUGGUUUUGCUAAAUGCAUGGAGGGUCUUCAAGUAAGCAACAAUGAUUAUUAUGCAGCUUUGACAUGGCUGAAGGCAGAGGCAGAGAAACAAGGCUGGGAGAAGGCUGCUAAACUACAAGGGAGGGCUGCAGCUGAAGGACUUGUUGGAGUUUUGGUGGAUGGUAACUUUGGUGCCAUGGUUGAGGUUAACUGUGAGACAGACUUUGUAGCAAGGAAUGAACUUUUUGUUGAUCUGGUAUCCAAUAUAGCAAACACAGCAAUGGUAAAACGGAAGAAGAUUGUUGAUCAGAACCAAAAAGUUAACACAUUUGCUGGUGAACUUGAACACUUAAGAGAGGUUAUUCCAGAGCAUAAACUGAGAAAUGAGGAAAUACAGAAAAGUGGAGAGACUGUGGCAGAAACUGUGACAAGAACAAUUGGUAAAUUAGGGGAAAACAUCAAAAUUAGCAAAGUUGUUACAAUGACAACUGAAGUAAGCAAUGUUAUUGGUAGUUACGCCCAUGGUCCUUUUGUAAAAUAUGUAGCAGGGUGUUCCCUUGGAAGAUAUGGGGGAUUAGUGGCCCUAAGACCAAAAAGUGGCAACACUAAUCUUGAUUCUGUGCAGCAACUGGCCAAUAAGGUAGCACAACAUGUCGUAGGAAUGAAUCCAAAGGUUAUUGCACAAGAUGGCAGCAGUAAAAAUGAGGGUGUUCUGAAUGAAGAGACAAGUGACGUGUUACUUGAGCAGGAAUACCUGUUGGAUGAAAGUUUGACAGUGAAGGACUUGCUAGAUAAGGAAGGAGUUGAAGUUGUUGAUUUUGUUAGGUAUGAAUGUGGCACAUAGUAGCUCUUGGAUAUACUUGAGAUGUGUUUGUCAUUACCAAACCCUGACUAAACACUAAGCUAAGCCGUAUUGCCUCAAAAAGGCUUGGGGUAAGAGCUGAUGUUUUUCUUACAUUAGACAGCUUUGUUGCAAUAAUAAAUGGACCUUAAAAAUG